UUCGGGGACUCAGCAUCCUCCUGGCUGCCUGUCCCUGGCCACAUGCCGGUACUGAAUACUGAGUGCCCCCCUCACUGCUCACCAGUGUAUUCCAGCCUCAGCAUGUGAUUCCAAGCCUUCAAGGUCAGGGAUGGUGCCUUACUCAUUCCAUUCCCAGAAGUGUUCCCAGUGCCCAGCACAGGGCUGCAACAUGGAGCGCACCUGAUCAGUGAUGCUCGUGUACGUGAACAAAUGAAUGAAUGGGCAUUUGAUGUUGAUACACGUGGAUCUGAGCCACUUCACUGACCCACUCCCUUCCCCAUGGACGCUUCCAUCGUUCCUGUCACAGUGGUGCAGUACCAUCCUCGUCUACCUGUGCAUCUCCAGUGAUGGGAGUGGUGAGCAGCAAAAAGCAGGUGAAAGAGAAGGAGAAGGGCCAGUGGAGCCCUGUGAAGGUCAGCACCCAGAGCAAAGAUCCCCCACCGCUGCCGCCCCUGGUCGUGUUUAACCACCUGCCUCCUGCACCUCCUGACACACACCCAGGCCAAGUGGCCAUCUCUUCCUUGUUCACUCUAGAGGAGCAUUUCGUGGUGGCCCUGUAUGACUACACGGCAGGGAACGACCGGGACCUGCAGAUGCUGAAGGGGGAGAAGCUGCAGAUCCUGAAGGAAGCUGGAGACUGGUGGCUGGCCAAGUCUCUCGUCACAGGAAGAGAAGGCUACGUGCCCAGCAACUUCGUGGCCCGAGUAGAGACUGUGGAAGUGGAAAAGUGGUUCUUUAGAUCAAUUAGCCGGAAAGAUGCUGAGAGGCAGCUGCUGGCCCCAGUCAAUAAGGUGGGCUCCUUUCUGAUUAGAGAGAGCGAAACCAGCAAAGGUACCCUCUCCCUGUCUGUGAAGGAUGUGACCGCCCAAGGGGAGGUGAUCAAACACUAUAAGAUCCGUUCCCUGGACGAAGGAGGCUACUAUAUCACCCCCCGCAUCACCUUCCCCACUCUCCAGGCGCUGGUGCAGCACUAUUCUAAGAAAGGGGAUGGUUUAUGCCAGAGGCUGACCCAACCCUCUGUGAGCCUGGCUCCUCAGAACCCCUGGGCCCAGGAUGAAUGGGAAAUCCCCCGGCAGUCUCUCAAGUUGGUCAGGAAACUCGGGUCUGGACAGUUUGGCGAAGUCUGGAUGGGUUAUUACAAAAACAACGUGAAAGUGGCCAUCAAGACCUUGAAGGAGGGAACCAUGUCUCCGGAGGCCUUCCUGGGCGAGGCCAACCUGAUGAAAACUCUGCAGCAUGAGAGGCUGGUCCGUCUCUACGCCGUGGUCACUAAGGAGCCCAUCUACAUUGUGACGGAGUACAUGGCCAGAGGAUGCUUGCUGGAUUUCUUGAAGACAGACGAAGGUAGCAAAUUGUCCCUCCCACGACUGAUCGACAUGUCGGCCCAGAUUGCCGAAGGAAUGGCGUAUAUCGAGCAAAUGAAUUCCAUCCACCGCGACCUGAGGGCGGCCAACAUCCUGGUUUCUGAGACCUUGUGCUGCAAAAUCGCUGACUUCGGCUUGGCCCGGAUCAUCGACAAUGAAUACACUGCCCAGGAGGGGGCCAAGUUCCCCAUCAAGUGGACUGCCCCCGAGGCCAUCCAUUUUGGAGUGUUCACUAUCAAAGCAGAUGUGUGGUCAUUUGGAAUCCUGCUGAUGGAAAUCGUCACUUAUGGGCGUGUCCCCUACCCAGGAAUGAGCAACCCCGAGGUCGUGCGCAGCCUGGAGCGCGGCUACCGCAUGCCGCGGCCCGACUCGUGCCCGCCGGAGCUGUACCGCGGCGUCAUCGCCGAGUGCUGGCGCAGUCGGCCCGAGGAGCGGCCCACCUUCGACUUCCUGCAGUCGGUGCUGGGGGACUUCUACACGGCCACCGAGCGGCAGUACGAGCCGCAGCCCUAGGGCCCCUCGGGGACGCGCUCCGUCGCCCGGGGCUCAGCCGGCCAAGCCUCGCGGACGGGGACGGCUCACUCCUGUGGCCCGACCUUAGAACCCACGAGGGAUGUCCACCUCGCGGGUGUUGUUCCAGGCAGGGAGGGACAGGGACGCCCAUUUCUCAGAUGAGAAAACUAGAGAUAGAGGCAGCCUGGCCGGUUGGUCACAGCACGGACCCCAGAGCGGAUUCAAUCGCAGUCCCACUCUUCUCUGCUGAGUACCCUUGGGCAAGUUACUUCGCCUCUCUGUGCCUCCGCUUCCUCAUCUGUACGACAGGGAGGAGCCAUCAUAGUACUUACCUCGGAUGUUUUUCAUGAAGAUUACAUUAGUUAACCGGCGUAAGAUGUUCAGAGUGUUCCAAAUAAGAGACACUCUUAAGUGUUUGUCAUCAUAUAAGGCUUCCCUAUGCUGGCGCCAAAAGCGAGAGGUCGGCCGCAGGGGCCCGGGGUCCCGCGGCUCCCACCUGCGCGGGCCGCGUCCCCCGAGGCGGGCCUGGGUCCCCCGAGACGGCCGCGCAGAGACGCUCUGGGCGGGGCCCAGACCUAGACUGCGCUCCAGC